AUGAAGAAAUCUUCUCAUGGGACUGUAUACUUCAGUGAAGACAUGAGUGAUGCUGAAAACUUGGUUGAGAAGACACUGCAACAAUAUACAGAACUACUUGGAGCACUAUCAAAUGAGCAGAAGCAAAAGGUACAACGAAGCAUUGAUUCCCACUUUGUCUUCCUGAGCAAAAACGAGGACUCCCUGAAAAAGUUUCAGUUCUGCAAGCAUUUCAUCAAGAACUUUAAUAUUCCCAUUGACAACAUCCAAUUCACUCUGCACUUUGCCAAGCUGUUCAUCAUUGAGGGUGAUGGGCAGUGGAGCCACCUCUGCCUCACUUCGCACUAUUAUCUGCAAUUCCACAGCGACCAAGGACUUUCAAUUAUAAAACGGAGUGCUAGAAAGGGUAGCUCGGUAUAUCCAGAGAUGCCGAAUUGUCGCGACAUUCUGAGCAACCCUGGACGGUGGCGCAAUAGCUCAUGCACUAUCUUUCACGAGAUGGAUGAGAUCUAUGCGAGAUUGCGGCCUUCUGUGAUAGAUGAGAAGCUCUUGGAAGAUGCUAUCAGAGACGUUCCAGAUCCCACGAGUGCCUCGUCCAAGAUCCUUCUCGAAGACGGCGUUCAAUGGGAUCAACUUCGGGAGCUUCACCUCGAAUUCAGCUGUGAGCCCAUCAUCACAAAUAAUUUCAUUUCUGGUUUUGAGAUGCGAUUAUAA